GCUUAUGGAAUUGUUUGGAAGGUUAUUUCAAAAAAAACCAGCGACGCUUUUGCUUUAAAAAAAAUUUUCGAUGCAUUUUGUAACAAAACCGACGCCCAAGAUAUGACCUUUCAGAGAACAUAUCGUGAAAUAUUUUUUCUCAGAGAACUUGGCAACCAUCCAAACAUUGUGAGACUGCAUGGAAUUUUUAAGGCACAAAACAAGAAGGAUAUUUACCUUGUCUUUGAAUAUAUGGAAACGGAUCUUCACAAGGUAAUCAAACGUGGAGGCAUUCUUCAUCCAAUUCAUAAGCAAUUCAUUAUGUAUCAACUUUUAAAGGCAGUCAACUACCUGCAUUCGGCGGAGGUUAUUCAUCGAGACCUGAAGGUGGAUAAUUCUACUUCCCUUAUGGGACAAUUUUGCAAUGUUUUUACGUCUAUAAUUUUGCUGUGGAAAUCAAUUUUGGGACUUAUAAAUUCCAUCCAGGAAAUGCCAAAACGUCAUCUAUUUAUUCGCCAUCGUUACCAGCCCUCAAAUGUGCUGAUUGACUCAGCUUGUCGCGUAAAACUCUGUGAUUUUGGACUGGCACGCUCGCUAGCCACCUUAAGGAAGCAGACGCUUCAAAGCACUGACAAGCUGCCGAGAGAGGGGGUGAGUGAGGCGGCUCCACUAACGGAGUACGUAGCUACUCGAUGGUAUAGGGCACCGGAAAUUCUCCUUGCCUCGGGCUACUACACCAAAGGCGUGGAUCUCUGGUCUCUGGGCUGCAUUCUUGGUGAAAUGCUUCUCGGAAAACCCCUAUUCCCUGGUGCCUCCACUCUCGACCAAUUAGAGCUUAUAAUCGCAACAAUGCCCCAUCCACUCUCUCAGCAAGGUGAGCAUCAGUUUGGCAUUUUUCUCUCCCAUCAGCUCCUCAUCUGCGUGGAAAGGAUACAAUGUGUAUCAAAGGUCCAUACAGUUCCCGUAUUCUUUCACAAGCAAGCCUCAAGUAGAUGUCGAAAACCGAUUACGAUGAUGCUUCCCACCAGUGCAGAUCGGAAUGGUGUUGAUCUAAUGAGUCGCCUGCUGCAAUUUGAUCCUCUGAAAAGGGCCACAAUUUGUGAAGCUCUCGAUCAUAGUUAUGUAAGGAGAUUCCGCAGUGCGAAAGAGCAAUUAAUGACAAUGUCAAAGCCCUUGCAACCACCGAUUGAUGAUAACGUUCAACUGUCAAUACGAGAAUAUCGAAAAUACCUCUAUCAGAUGGCGGCCAAACAAAAGACAAAAGCAAGAUCCAAUGGGCAAAGGAAUGAAUUUUUAUUUUACAACGGAAAGUGUCCAUCAAAAGCAACACCAGUUCCGCAAUAUCCAUCAUCCCAUAGAAAACUUGCCAUUCCAAUAAAGACAAUCACUAUGUCAAAUCAAGCGAUUGUGGAGGUCAAUGUGGAUGAAGGACCAUCGAAUUUUGUUUCAGCCAAUCCGAUGCACGAUUCGGGUCCCACAGGCACCAAUCAGCGCUCCUCUUCAGUCAAUGUGAGGCAUGCAGCUUCCCUCGAUGAUGCUUCAAUCCACUUGAAUCGAAUGUUGAUUCGCAACCAGAUACGAAACUCCACCAAUCACACACCGCGUUUAGAAAGCUAUCAAACCAAGUGUACAUCCCCGAGUAACAAGGAUGUUCGCUGUGAUGUCACCUUCCAGAGGCUCCCGCGUGAGCUCCGUGCCCGACCGAACCAGAGGCCGCCUGAUCACCCCGUCACUCACCGCGCCAGACACACCUUUAUUUCCCAUUGUGCCCAGGCGGCAGAAAGCAACCUGGAAAAGGAACAAAAAACCUCCAUAGAUUCAAAUGUCUUCUUUAUCGGUUCUCUUCGAGAACCUUUUGAAUGCAGCUUAACCCGCUUUGUCAGUGCCUCCAUGCAGAUAGACUUGAAGUCCAUCGAUUUUUGGGAAGAGAACAACCAGAGGAACAAAACUUUCAUUAUACAUUGCCUCGUUGAGGAUAUUCUUGUAGACUGGAUGAAUGGUGGAUGUUUGAAUGGUGCCAUGCAUAUUGUUCAAUUUUUACUACCUCACUUUGUUCAAUAUGUGAUAGGAACUGAUAACAAUGCCUAA